AUGAUCACGGACGUGCAACUCGCCAUUUUCGCCAACAUGCUGGGCGUGUCGCUCUUCUUGCUGGUCAUUCUCUAUCACUACGUGGCCGUCAACAAUCCCAAGAAGCAGGAAUGA